CUGAAAAAGACGCAAGGAGGUGAGACAGAGGUGCCUCCCACAAAGAUUGGGGACAAGACGCUGAGCUGGGUCCCCGAGGACCAGAUAGAACAGGGUGCCCGGGACCAGGUGAGCAACCUGUCCUCGCUGCCAUUCAUAUUCAAGCACGUAGCGGUGAUGCCCGACUGCCACUUUGGGCUGGGGGCAACAGUUGGCUCCUGCAUACCCACCCGCGGGGCCAUCAUACCGGCAGCCGUGGGCGUGGACAUCGGAUGCGGCAUGAUUGCCGUCCGAACACCAUUUACCCGAGCCGACCUGCCCGGGGAAUUGUCUGAAUUACGGGAGGCCAUUGAGCACCAGAUUCCCCUGUCUGCCGGACGCUACAACGGGUCGGUGAAGAAGACCGCCAAGCCCCGAAUCGAGGAACUGGAAGCCAAGGCUGCUGCGACUGGCCGGCUGGAGUUCUACAACCAGCGGGACAAAAACUGGCGUCGGCAACUGGGCUCGUUGGAGUCCGGCAACCAUUUCAUUGAGCUGACCGUGGACGAAGAGGGGCGGGUCUGGACCUUCCUGCAUUCGGGUUCCCGUGGCAUCGGCAACAAGCUUGCGGACUUCCAUAUCAAGGCGGCCAAGGCUUUGAUGGAGAGAUGGUUUAUACAAUUGCCUGACCCAGAACUGGCCUACCUGGUACAGGACACCCAGGAAUUCAACGACUACCUGACGGACCUGGAGUGGGCCCAGGAAUUCGCCCUGCUGAACCGGGCCGAAAUGACAGAGCGCAUCCUGAGAAUUCUGGCGCACCGGCUGGGCGAGUUCGAGGAACAGGAGCGGAUUGAGUGCCACCACAACUUUACCAAGUGGGAGCACCACUUCGGCGCCAACAUUCUGGUGUCCCGCAAGGGCGCAAUUGAGGCGCAGGAAGGACAGAUGGGUCUGAUUCCCGGCUCCAUGGGCACCAGAAGCUACGUCGUGCGGGGCAAAGGCAACGGGUCGUCAUUCAACACCGCGCCUCACGGGGCCGGCCGCCGCAUGAGCCGGGGCGGCGCCCGUCGCACGUUCACCAUGGAGGACUUUGACCGGGAUAUGCAGGGCAUCGAGGUCCGCCGGUCCGAGGCAUUUCUGGACGAACUGCCUGGCGCCUACAAGGACAUCGACCUGGUUAUGGAGCAGUCAAAGGACCUGGUGGAUGUGGUACACACCUUCGGUCAGAUCCUGAACGUGAAGGGCGAUUGA